GAUGUUGUUGGAAGCAGCAGGCAGCCACAGAGGCAUAGUGAGGAUCAAUGUGUGGAAUAAAAAGUAUUCAAAAUAAAUGUCCAUAACCCUUCAAGCAGAUCGGGUUGUCAGUCUUAUUGUAAUACACAGGUUGGCCAAAUCGAGACACUUUCUAGGGCUUGGUUUUCGGCGUCAUGUGUCUUCUAGGUCUGCACUCUCAAGGCUAACUGUGAGCUCAUGUUAGCUCCAUAGUACCAACACUCACCCAGGCUGAAGCUGGGGCGCAGCAGCAGCACAGCCACUAGCCGACGAUCAUUUCCGACAGCUCCGUAUGGAUUUGACGUCGGCAUACAUUGUUGCUUGAUGUUUUACAAAGGGUCGACUACCGGUGAUUGUCGAAGAUGGAGGAACCUUGUGACCUCAAGCACUUCGUAAAGUGUGGCGUCAAUUUGGAGGGCACAUUUCUCUGAUUUGGAUUAUUGUUGGCCAGCAGCCUCUUCGGGCCUACUAAUCCUAGACGAGUUUCUCAAUGGACACUCUUCUCAAGUCUGAGAUCAGAGAGGAGGGGAGUAAUGCCUCGGUGAAGGUGGAGGGCCUAUCCAAGGCAGCUCUAAUCAAGAGCCUGUCUCCCAGAGUCAUGCUAUCCAACCAUCUCUUGCCUAAAGGGACCAAGAUGAAGGUCAACCUGGAGGAUCAGGGUCGUCAGAAAGUGUCCUUCGGCUUCGCGCCGACCAAGAAGCCACUGCAGAGCCCAUUCUUCCUCCCUGCCAGUCCUGACAAGUCUGUUGCUGAGCCUAACGCUGCCUUGUCACAGUCAACCUCAGAAGUAGAAGGGCAAAAUACAGAUAUUGAGCAAACUGAGCAGAACCACACCCCCAUGGUGCAACAAUCAAUAGCGGAGAUACAUUCUCCAACACCAGUCGCUGCAGCCACUAAACUGAAAACGGACCUGCCGAAGAUGCAUUUCAAGAAGCAAAUUCUCAAUGUCUCUGUGACUGAAGAGAAUCCAACAACUGUUGUGCCAGAGGAGCCAAACUCUCCUGAAUUGCAGGUUCUGCAAAAACCAACAAGUGAACCUGAAUUUCCAAUGCCUCAGCCUCAGAAUGUCCUCAGUGUCUGCCCGUCUGAAAAUGAUCCCAUUGAGGCCCCUGAUAAAAGGGUUACACCUACCCUCAAGAAGCCAGCUGCCUCCUCAGGAAAAGAUGGAGAGAGUUCCAGCAGUGCUGAGCAGGUUAUUAAGGUAGAGAAAACAAAAACCAGGUCCCACUCUGAUAGUGCUCACCCUGGCUCUGAAUCUGAUGGAGAUUCAGGCCAGAUGUCUUCUAGUCGCAAAUCAGUUGACUCCAAAAGUAAAGCAAACUCUGACAGCAGAAGCAAAGAGAUAAAAAAGUCCUCCUCAAGUUCACAUGUGGAGGAAAAAGAAAAAAGUUACUCUAGGCGGUCAGAGAAUAAUGAAAGGUCUUCUAGUUACUCCAAAUCAGAACGUGAUCCAAGACACACAUCCUCACGCUCAUCUCGAUCCGAUAAAGAUCGCAAAAGGUCCAGGUCUAGAUCACGUUCUAAAUCAAAAGGGUCCCGGACAAGUUCAUCUCACUCCAGGUCAGAGAGAUCCAGAGGCGACAGAGGGUCACGCUCCGAAAGGUCAUACUACCAUGACUCUGAUCGGAGAUCACACCGGAGUUCUCCACGCAGAGAGAGAAGACGUUCUCGUUCUCGCACUGACAGAACUCGGGACAGUUCUGACUCUGAGGAUGACCACAGGAAGACAAGAACAAGGACUAGUGACUCCAGUAGAUUGUCCAGCCAUUCAACCUCACAUAAAGACUCAAAAUCAUCUUCCUACUCAAAGUCUGAGAAGGUUUCUAAAUCUUCAGAUUUUCCUCAGUCUUCAGAAUUUGAUAACAGAACAAAAUCGUCGAAGUCUGAAAGGACCUCAAAGCGACUAUCGGACUCUGAUUCCCAGCUCAAGUGCUCUCCGGAUCUGGACUCUAGUUACCGUAAAUCUAGCAUCCAUCACAAAUCAGAGACCAACAGCAAAUCCUCUUCUUCCAGCAUGCAUACAAACUCUCAAACAUGUGAAAAACUGCAAAAAAGCAGCUCCAAUUACUCUGAAGCAGAUCAUAAGGGAAAAUCAAAGGCAUCUGAAAAAAUGUCUGGUCGGGAAGACAAAUGUAAAAACUACCCGAAGAAAAACAGUAGGCCAGACUCAAAGCAGAUGACCCCUUCUAGAUUUUCUGGGAAAACCAGUGGACACGAUAAGCAAUCAGAUUACAUAUUUCACAGCCCUGGCAAAGCACUGUCAAACACAAACACCACAGAGGCUUUUUCUCGGAGUGAGAAAGAAAAAAACGAUUCCCUAAAAGGUGGUAAUGAAUGUAGUGGUCAGAAUGUUAAGGAGAUGGUCUCAUGGCCCGAUGAAAAAUUGCAAGAAUCCUCAUCGAAGAGAUCAAAAGAUACAAAAUCAAGUCUUGAUGUAGAGCCCUCAGCUAUAACCCCAAGUGAAAACCUAAAGCAUGCCGCCCUGGAAAAUGUGACCAAUGUGAAGGAUAGCCCUUCUUCUAAUAAUCGACCACAUUUGAACUCUGAUGCAGCUGUCUUAAAUUCAUGCAGUAGUAAUGAUGGCAUACUGUACAACCAGGACAAGAACAUUGUUGACUGUUUACCAGGGCCAAAGUCCUUGGAAACAUCAGAUGUACCCGUCACCCAUGAUGUCCAGCAGAACACUAAACCAGUGAUCGUUAAAGAUUUGACAGCCGGCAAGCUGCCUGACACAAAUGUGUCUCUCAAAUCUGAAUUAUCGUGUCUUGAAUCUGAGGAUCAGCUGACAAUUGAACAGCAAAAUAUGGAUACUGUUCAAAAGAACAGCAGUGCGUCAAAAAAGUCCCGAUGGGAUAUAGUUGGGCAGAACACCUCAGAGAGUGAUUAUUUAGAGUGGUCACUUUGUGCAGAGAGUACGCCUACUGUUAAAAAAGUGAUUUCUGUCAAACAAAUUGAAGUUUCUAAAGACAAUAACCAACAAGACUCUGAUAUUAACAAACAUACUCAGCAAGGAGCUGAAACACAUUCCAAACUGGAUAAGCAGACUAAGAACUCUAGGCAGGAAGUUGGCUCAGACAGCCCACCGAUAUCCGAUAAAUACAAAGACCAAAGUGAGACUUCACAGGCAAGCACCAGCAUUGACCACUGUGACUUAAAGCUGAGAGUUUGUCAAAAAAUAAAAACAGAUGAGCCUAUGCAUGUAAAUGAUGCAUCACAGGUCGACAAAGCUGCAAAGAUGCAGAGUUGGAAUGGCGAUGAUCAUGAAGAAAAAUCCAGGGGCAGCACCCCCAAGAACAAAUUGAGUAAUAGAACAUUACUUAAUCAGGACGGAUUAGGAGGACAGAGUGAGGUUAGUGAUAGUGACAACUCUGAGUAUGACUCCGAUUGCGGCGAGGCUAUAAAACGAUUGCACUCUGUGGUGGUAGUGCCAAAGAAUUCUUCGCUAAUAGGAGAUGCACAGGAUACGGGAGCUUCUCCAAGCAAUCUAUUGAACAAUUCCCAACUACAGAACGCAAAUAUCAACGAAGUCCCGAUUCAAGGUACACAACAAAGGCAGGGGGCUGCUUUCUCGAUCCUGGCGACAAGUGGUCCUUGUGAUGGUCUAAAUGAUUCAUCCCAAAGUAGCAUGUUGUGUCAAUCCCAGAGUAAUAUGAUUGAUAGCACCAGUCACUCAGAGGGUUCCAGCUCCAUCAGUGCACAGCGUUACAUGGCGGGUCAAAUUGUUGCCCAUGGAAGUGCCACAGACCCUGCCCACAGCCUUGAUAAUUCCAGGCAGUGUGAGCAAGGGCACACACAGCAUAAUGUAAGCAGCAGAGGUGAAAGGAUGCAGUCUCAUUUCCAACCUGAUGCUGACAAUAUCAAUGAUAAGAAUGGACUCAGCCUGGGUUGGGAAUUUUCACAUCCAGAACAGCCUAGUACUACAUACCAGCUGCCUGAUAGCAGUCAUGGGCCACACCUAGCAAACACUAAACUGGCUGAAACCUCUGCCAUGGGACAGGAGCAGAAGCAGAGUAAUGCCACCUGGAAUCAUCAAUCCCCAAACACACAGACUAUCAGACAACCCUACCUCCAUGUGCAUGAGCAUUAUCCGGACCCUGCAGGUGAAAUCCAUCCUGAUUCCCUAACUAAUGAUCAGGACGACUUCAGUGAGGAUAAACUGUCUAACCUCGGUAAAACAGCUGUUGAAUGUGCUGGACUACAAGGGCACGAAAUAAGCAGCAACAGCAGGGGCUCUGCUUUGCCGGACGCCCCUAGAGAAGACCAUUUAAGACCCCACCGAGGAAGGGGCCCUCCCAAGAAAAGGCGGCCAGAGAUCGAGUCUGAUUCAGACAAUGAAGCAGAAGCUGGGCCUGCAGGCAAGAGGGAGCGUCCAGAAAGUGCUGACGUCUCUAAAGAAACUCAUGUCAGAGCUGAGGCGCAGCGUCCCUUGCUCAAUUUGCGAGACUUUCAAGACUCCAGUAAAUGGAGAGAGUUUUCCAGGUCUAAGAAGAUGCCCCCCUACUUUGACUUGAUUGAGGAGAACCUGUACCUGACAGAAAGAAAGAAAAGCAAAUCCCAUCGAGAUAUCAAGAGAAUGCAAUGCGAGUGCCCAGUGCUGCCCAGAGAGGAGCGCUCCAGAGGAGUAUUGGCAUGCGGGGAAGACUGUUUGAAUCGGCUGCUCAUGAUUGAGUGCUCCUCACGGUGUCUGAAUGGACACUACUGCUCUAAUAGACGCUUUCAGACGAAACAACAUGCAGACUUCGAGGUCAUCCUCACGGAAGAUAAGGGCUGGGGUCUACGGGCAGCUAAGGACUUGAUUGAAAACACCUUUGUGCUGGAAUACUGCGGGGAGGUAUUGGACCACAAGGAGUUCAAAACUAGGGUGAAAGAAUAUGCUCGCAAUAAGAACAUCCACUACUACUUCAUGGCUCUAAAGAAUAAUGAGAUCAUUGAUGCAACGCUGAAAGGGAACUGCUCCCGUUUUAUGAACCAUAGCUGUGAACCCAACUGUGAGACCCAAAAGUGGACUGUCAAUGGCCAGCUUAGAGUCGGAUUCUUCACCUCCAGGGCGGUCCCUGCAGGAACUGAACUGACAUUUGAUUACCAGUUCCAGAGAUACGGCAAAGAAGCACAGAAAUGCUUCUGUGGAGCCCCCAGCUGCAGAGGCUUCCUCGGCGGGGAGAACAGAGUCAGUGUUCGGGCAGCUGGAGGGAAGAUGAAGAAAGACCGCAGCAGAAAGAGCGCUCUCACCACGGUUGAUGAAGAGCUGGAGGCGUUACUGGAAAAUGGAGAAGGCCUGUAUGAUGAGAAACAGGUGGUGUCUCUCUGCAGACUAAUGGUCCGAGUGGAAACCAUGGAGCAGAAACUCCUGUGUCUCAAACUCAUACAAGAUACUCAAAGCCCAUCAUGCCUGAAGCAGUUCCUGGACCAUCAUGGAUUGUCUUUGCUAUGGAUCUUCAUGGUGGAGAUUUCUGAAGCUAAAGGCAACAGUGCCAAUAACGUCAAACUGCAGUUAGAGAUUUUGAAGACCUUGGCUGUGCUCCCUAUCUCCACUAAGAACAUGUUGGAGGAGAGCAGGAUCCUUACCUUUAUCCAGCGAUGGGCACAGACAAAAUCACUCCAUCACCCUGCUGAGAUGGAUGACUACUCUAGUGAGAACACCUCCCGUGCUCAAACCCCCCUCAACACUCCUGAUGGUUCCUCCAUCAAGGUGGGACCAGAAUUGGACGGUGAAUCGGCAAAACCCGCUGUGUACCGCCGCCUUAAAAUCAUCAGUGAAAACAGUCUGGACAGUGCACUCUCUGACGCCAGCAAAGCAUCUGAUUGCAAGGAGGAAGAGGAGGAGGAGGAUGAUGACGAGGAAGAAGAAUCCUUACAUGCAAGACUUCCUGACGACAAACAGUUGGAGGCAGAGCAGGUGUGUGAGGCUGCAGAUCCACUAAAAGAAACGACGGAAGAGCCGAUGAAAGAGGAGGUCCAGGUCAAAGAGGAGGUCCAGGUCACAGAGGAGGUCCAGGUCACAGAGGAGGUCCAGGUCACAGAGGAGGUCCAGGUCACAGAGGAGGUCCAGGUCACAGAGGAGGUCCAGGUCACAGAGGAGGUCCAGGUCACAGAGGAGGUCCAGGGCCAGGAGGAGAAAGAGGAGGAGACGGGCAUGAGUGCCAGCGGUCAACAACCUCAAACUGAAGAGGUACAAGAAAAAAUGGAGUUGACUUUGGAGAAAGAUAUUGAGAUUAAGACGAAAGAGGACACAAGUGAGGUUCCUACGGAUGAACUUGAAGAGCCGAAAGAGCCUAGUAAAGAACAGCAGAGUGGGGAGGAGAACACACAUCAGGCUGUGACGGAAAAGGCUGAACCUGAAGGAGACCAGCCCAGCGUAGAAGUUCUGGAGCCAGAAAUUCAGCCCAUGCAAACAGAUGUUGCUGAUCUUCUACCUGAGCAGCCUUCCGAGAAUAUGGAGGCCCAGGCAGAGACACAGGAAGCUGAGAAACCACUUCCUGUCAUCGAGACACAACCUAGAGAAUCUACCACUGAUGCUUCCUGUAACUCUGAGACCCCGGAGGCCAGUCUGCCCUCUGAAGUCAUAGCAACCCCCGUGGAGCCAUCAGCAAUAGGAACUCCUUCUCAAGAUGAAGAGGAAGGUGUCUCAGAUGUGGAGAGCGAGAGGAGUCAGGAGCCCCAACUCAGUUCUUUGGAUAUUUGUGGCAUGGCUGCCAGGCUUCUGGACAGCUGGAAAGAUCUGAAGGAGGUGUACAGAAUACCAAAAAAGAUUCAGGUGGAAAAGGAGGCAAAUGAUCGUAGCCGGGAUAGAGACACAACUUUGACGCCACGCACCACGUCUGGUAGCCGAGAACGUGAGAGGGAGCGAGAAAAGGAGAGGGAACGCGACAGGGAGAGAGACCGAGAUUUUGAAAGAGACAGGGAUCGAGAGAGAGACAGAGAUCGGGACAGAGAUCGGGACAGAGAGAGGGACAGAGAGAGGGACAGAGAGAGGGAGAGGGAUCGGGACAGAGAAAGAGAUCGGGAUCGAGGCUCUGACAAAACUCCUCAGCGCAGCACAGAGAGACGGAGGAGACGCUCCGCUUCACCACCGUCCUCCUACGAAAGGAGCAGCCGACGCACUGAGGAACGGUUUGACACGCCUAACAGCAGCAAGGCUCGGGGAGUUGCAGGCAAGGAGCGCACCAAGCUGUCUACAGAUGAACGCAGAAAGCUGUUUGAGCAGGAAGUUGCUCAGCGGGAAGCCCAGAAACAACAGCAGCUUCAACAGCAGCAGCAGCAGCAGCAACAACAACAACAACAACAACAACAACAACAACAACAACAACAACAACAACAACAGCAGCAGCAGCAACAACUGCAGCAACAACAACAACAGCAGCAACAGCAGCAACAACAACAACAACAACAGCAGCAACAACAACAACAACAACAGCAGCAGCAGCUUCAAACAAUGGGUUAUGACCCUUCUCUGGCCUAUAUCUCCGACCCUGGCUUCAUCACCUACCCUCCUGGAUAUCCACUCCAGGCCUAUGUUGAUCCCACAAACCCCAAUGUAGGCAAAAUAUUGCUACCCACCCCCCCGGUUGAUCCCGCCCUGAACUAUGAAGAGACGCCUCUGGGAUUGUCCUCUCCAUCCUCCACUUCCCAGGCCGCUCCGGUCUCUAAUCUUCCUCAGCACAUCACCACUGACCUCGCCCCUGGCAACCCUCCACAGUAUGCCCAGCCAACUGUAGCAGCUCAGGACCCAGAUGUGGCGGUCCUCUCAGUGCCCGCGCCUCCUCCCAUACAGGGCCAGCAGAGCUACACUACUCUGUGGGACCCCACUACUCAGCAGGCAGUGACAGUGCAGACCCAGCCGGCGCAGCAGUACACCACAGCCCCACCACCACCUCAGACACAGACAGCCAUCUAUUACCAGGGGCAGCCGUGCCAAACCAUCUACAGCAUCCCCACCGCCUACCCACAGGCCAGCACCCCCGUCAUACAGGCGUACACUGAACCCGCAGCCAGCUACCUGCACGGUCAGCCUGUGUAUCCCGGCCAUCAGCAGGGAGUGGUGGUGCAGCAGGGGGGCACCGUCACCACCAUUGUCACAUCCCAAACUGUCCAACAGGAAAUGAUUGUACCCAACAACGUGAUAGACCUGCCUCCUCCCUCUCCUCCCAAACCCAAAACAAUAGUCCUACCUCCGCUCUGGAAAGUGGCCCGGGACCCUGAAGGCAAGAUCUACUACUACCACAUCGGCACAAGGCAAACACAGUGGGACCCUCCAACAUGCGAUGGAUUUAGCGACAAUGCAAGUGUGGACCAUGAAUCUGAGAUGGACCUGGGGACACCCACCUACGAUGAGAAUCCUUCCAAGUUCUCUACAAAGACAGCUGAAGCAGACACUUCCAGUGAGUUGGCUAAAAAGAGUAAAGAGACAUUUCGCAAAGAGAUGUCCCAGUUCAUAGUCCAGUGUCUAAAUCCUUAUCGGAAGCCAGACUGCAAACUCGGACGCAUCAUCAACACAGAAGAUUUCAAACACCUGGCUAGAAAGCUUACUCACGGAGUUAUGAACAAGGAGUUGAAAGCUUGCAAUAAUCCUGAGGACCUUGAGUGUAACGAGAAUGUGAAGCACAAGACCAAGGAGUACAUCAAGAAGUACAUGCAGAGAUUUGGCACUGUGUACAGGCCCAAGGAGGACACAGAGGAGGACUAGCCUCAGCGCCCACUGUUACCCUUUUCCUGCGCGAACACAGGGGAAGCACAGAUUUGCCUUUCCAUUUACUCCUUCAUGUACGUACUGGCCAGCCUGAGCCCUGAAGUAGUUUCUUAUGCGUAUUUAUAACUAAGAAUUGCACUGCUGCCCAAGAAGCUCUCCAGGCCCCGUGGAUCAUGGAGGAGCCCCGCUCUACAGACUGACGGAGACUUGAGUGUCGCUGAACGACCCGAAGACUCCAGGUGCAGUGUUCUCCCAGGACAAUACUGCGGGGUGCUACAGAGACUAACGUUUUCACUGACUGUUUGAUUUUAAGCAUUUAUUUUUUUCCAUAUGUGGCUCUUAAAUGUUCCCAAGAUGAUCACCUCAAUUCCACUUUCUAAACUCUUCUAGCCCUGAAUGAUGAAUUCUCAGCGGAAUCAGCUUUGGUGUCAUACGGUAUUUUCUGUUACUUUCCACUGUUAAAAAUGGAUCAAUGGCAGUUCAGUGCUUUUCCCCUCCCACUUCCUUGCUCCUGUGCAUGCUUCAUCCCCCUGCCACUGACUAACUGACUAACUGGUGCUGCUUUUAACUGGGCUGUGGAGGGCCAAGCUUCCACUCCUCAAGCCCCGCCUUCUUAACCACAAGACUUUGGAGCCUGUGUUGUUUUAUGAAUGCAUGAUGUAGGCUGAGGUCAGAGGUAUCCUUAUGAAAAUUCCUUUAGUUUCAAGAAACAUACCCUUACUGGGUUGAGCUUUUACUCAUAAUACACUUCAGCAAAUAGCCAGCAGGUUGGCAAGGUGAUCAAUUAGUCUUUUAUGAAUUUAUGUAUAAUAACGGGAGCAGGGUUUGAAUGCGGUUUGAUGUGCAGUUUAGCCAUUUCACGUCCACUCCUCUUCGUAAAGAGGUUUUGCUCUGUUUCCAUUUCUUACAGGAAUAAUUCUGAAAGUGCAGUUUUAACAGUUUCUUAUCAUCUUGUGUGUUCUGUUUCUUUUUUUAUCACCGUUAGUCUUUGUUAACGACACCUAGGCCGGUUCUGCUUCACAAACUGUCACUCAUUAAUUUCUACGGUUGUCGAGGGGGUUUCAUCAGCAUUAGGUCACCGAUUGUUCGCAGCCUAACUCAUUGCAUUAAACGAAGUACCAACAUAUGUACAUUGCUUUAUAUGUGAAUAUAUUGAAUAAUAGUUUUGGGAAUGAUUAAAUAAGCAGACACUUUGUAAAAUGACUAUCAUUUCGUGAUUGAAAGUGUAAAUAAUAUGUAAACCUACCAAAGCUGUGCGCAGGAGAGUAGGGUCAGCCCAGCCCUCCUCAGCAGCUCAGCCUCCUGAUGCAGCGCCGCACCGCUCUGUCAAACUAAGGACCCUGCUGACGCGUUUGAUUUCAGGGGUGGGGGAGGUUUCACCUUUUUCCUUUUUAGUUUUUAUUAUUUUUCUAUGUACAAAGUAAGUUCCACCCUACUCUGCUGUAAGUAUUGUGUAAGCACAUUGUCAUACCGAGUGUACAAACAUUUUAAGAGAUAAUAAACUUUUUGUAAAAUGAUA